UUUCAGAUUGGUUUGUGCUAGGAGGAAGCGACGAAUAAGUGAAGGUGCCAUUGUCCUGAGCCGUACAUUGACUAUUGAAUCGACGAACUGAACGGAUACUGAAUGCAAUGUCCUUUAUGGAUUAUAUCAAGCUCGAUCAGGAAAUCCUUUCAGGUGCCGCUGGCCGUGUACAACGCCUCAGAAUGUAUCCAUACUUUGAUCUGGCACAUUACAUACUUAUGACAAUAUCAGUUCGGGAUGAUUUAGCGACUGGAGCAUCAUUGUUUUCCCGGAAACAUCCAUUGAGUUGUUGGCUUUCAUCGAUGCUGAUGUGCUUCGCAGGCAGCAUCUCGGCUAAUUUCCUCUUGGGAGAGCCAGUUAUCGCACCAUUUAAACGACACGAUGACAUUUUGCUGGCUACCAUUGUUUGGUAUUUCGUAUUCUAUUCCCCAUUCGAUAUAGUCUAUAAAGUGUCAAAACUUCUGCCAGUCAAAGUUGUUCUGUGUGUAUUGAAAGAAGUCCGAAGAACAUCCAAGGUCGUACAUGGUGUGUCGCAUGCAUCGAAGUUGUAUCCAAGUUCUUAUCUUGUACAUAUCCUCGUAGGAACAGCCAAAGGAGCCGGUUCUGGAAUCUUGCGAACAUUGGAACAGCUGGUGAGAGGCGUAUGGAUACCAGCACAUAAUGAAGUACUUCGACCGUCUUUUUCGACCAAAGCUUGUUGCGUUGCAUCAGUGAUUCUUGUACUUGACAGACAUUCCCGGUACAUCUCUGCUCCUCACGACAUCAUUUAUUUGGGUAUUGUUGGCUUCUUUGUUUAUUUCAAGUUGACCGCCGUAUUACUAAACGUUCAAGAUCCUUUCGCACCGUUCGAAAAUCUUUUUUGUGCCGUAUUUAUGGGCGGUAUUUGGGAUGCAAUGUCUCGAGCAAUUAUGGCCAGUCGAGAACGAAGAGCAGUUGGUCAAAAAGCAGAAAAUGGAGCUUUACCUACAGAACCAAAGAAGGAACAAUGAUGUUAACAAAAGUACAGUCGACCGGUAUUUCCAGAAAUAAUGGGCAGCAUUUUUAAAUGAUAAUAACUUUACUGGAUGCG